AAUAUCGAGUGCAUGCUUGGAAGAGGAAGACUUUGUGCGACACACUCCCUUGCAGCUGAUUACCGGGAUGACAUUCUCAUCUUCCCCUCCCUCUUUCACACACUCUCAUUUCUUCUCUUUCUCCUUCCCCUCCACUCACUUUCUUCUCCAUCUUUCUCAAACCCAUAAGACACUACCAUGGAGCGACCAACAUCAACCUUCCCGCUUCCAGGCAUUCAACACGGCCAGCGAAUUCUCGCUAGUGUCGUAGAGAGCCGUGCAAAGAACGAACCCAACAGCGCGUGGGUGUCCGUCCCCAUUGAUGAUGCCGAGUUAUCGCGGGGCUUUCGAGAAAUCAGCUUCCAGCAAUUGAACAACGCAGCCAACCAUGCCGCCCACUGGCUCCACCAGCAUCUGCCUGCCACGACGGAGCCAUUCCAAUGCUUCGCCUAUGCAGGUCCCAAGGACUUUAGGUAUCCCAUUCUUGCAGUGGCCGCAGCCAAGUUGCAGAAAGUGAUCGUACUUCCUUCUCCCCUCAUCACGCCCGAAGCUCAACUACGUAUCUUCCGGCAGAAGAGCUGCGCUGUGUAUCUGCGACCUGCGUCAAUGGUAGACCAUGUGGCGGCUAUUCUUCGGGAGACACCUGAGAUUCGGACUUUGACGGUUCCUGAGCUUGGGGAUUUCUUGCAAGAUGCUGAGGCUGCGCCGUAUACGUAUGCUAAGACUUGGGAGGAGGGAAAGGAUGAUCCGUGGAUUGUCUUUCAUACGUCUGGCACAACAGGCUUCCCCAAACCUAUUACGUAUACCCAUCGGAUGAUGACGAGUCCAGAUAUUGCUGCCUCUCUCCCGGACAUCGAGUACACUCACGUGCAUCAAUAUGCUCUCCAACGGUGGUAUACACCGCUACCUUCGCUUCAUUUUGUGGGAACGGUGAUGACCCUGUCCAUGACCUCCUUCGUCCGCAUGGUCGCGGUCGUGGGUCCUUCCGCACCCCCGUCGCCCCAGGUUGUUGCGGACAUCCUGCGUUAUGGCCGAGUAGACGGAGCCUUACUCACCCCCGCCCUGAUCGAUGAGCUAUGUCUCAUUCCUUCGGGCCUGGAGGCUCUACGCAACCUCAAGUACGUGCACUUUGCCGGGGCGCCUCUUUCUGCCAAAGCCGGUGCGCAGCUGGCUCCACAUGUUCAUCUAGUGCCCUGCAUAGGCAGCACCGAAGCAGGGGGCUAUUUCACCACAAUACAAGACAAAGACCGUCCGUGGGAUUACAUCACCUUCCAGAAACACGCAGGCGCCGAGUUCGAGCAUCGUUUCAAUAAUCUACAUGAGCUGGUCUUUGUUCGGCAACCAGAAUGUGCUAUGCAGCAGAUCUUCUCUGCGUACCCGGACAGAGAUCGCUUUGAGACUAAGGACCUGUGGGUUGAGCACCCUGAGCACAAGGGCUCGUGGAAGAUUAUUGGGCGUACCGACGAUUACGUGGCGCUCGCACACGCGGACGGGCUGCAUGCCUCGCUGUUGGAGCCUGAGGUCGAAGCCCACCCGGGCGUGAAGUCGGCUUUGAUCGGUGGCCACGGUCGUCCAGCUCCUGUGCUCAUUGUAGAGUUCUUUUCCGACGCGCAGGAAGGCAAUGAUCGUAAGACUUUGGUUGAGAGUCUACAUCCGUAUCUCGAAAAGGUCAAUGCGCAUGUGCAUGACUGUGUGAAACUCUCGGCGGACCGGAUCAUCAUUGCGAGCAAGGACAAGCCUUUUGUGCGGACGAUCAAGGGUAGCGUGGCCCGAUUGCAGACUCUCGGCCUGUAUGAGGAUGAGAUCGCGGCAAUUUUUGGCCAGUAGGUCGGCGAUGAGUCUGACAACAGUGCCAAAUGCAAAAGUAAGAAUGG